GGCGGCGGCCCCCCUCCCGUCCCCUCCCCUCCCCUCCCCUCCCCGCGCCCUCCCGCCCUCCAGGCCCCGCGGCCCGCGCUCGGGCGGCCGGCGAUGGUGACACAUGCGGCGGCGGCGCGGCGGCGGCGGCAGGACCAUGGUUGAGCGCGCCAGCAAGUUCGUGCUGGUGGUGGCGGGCUCGGCGUGCUUCAUGCUCAUCCUCUACCAGUACGCGGGCCCGGGGCUGAGCCUGGGCGCCCCCGGGGGCCGCGCGCCCCCCGACGACCUGGACCUGUUCCCCACGCCCGACCCGCACUACGAGCGGAAGUACUACUUCCCGGUGCGCGAGCUGGAGCGCGAGCUGCGCUUCGACAUGAAGGGCGACGACGUGAUCGUCUUCCUGCACAUCCAGAAGACGGGCGGCACCACCUUCGGCCGCCACCUGGUGCAGAACGUGCGCCUCGAGGUGCCCUGCGACUGCCGGCCCGGCCAGAAGAAGUGCACCUGCUACCGGCCCAACCGCCGCGAGACCUGGCUCUUCUCCCGCUUCUCCACCGGCUGGAGCUGCGGGCUGCACGCCGACUGGACCGAGCUCACCAGCUGCGUGCCCGGCGUGCUGGACCGCCGCGACCCCGCCGCGCUGCGCACGCCCAGGAAGUUCUACUACAUCACGCUGCUGCGGGACCCCGUGUCGCGCUACCUGAGCGAGUGGCGCCACGUGCAGCGCGGGGCCACCUGGAAGACGUCGCUGCACAUGUGCGACGGGCGCACCCCCACGCCCGAGGAGCUGCCGCCCUGCUACGAGGGCACCGACUGGUCGGGCUGCGCGCUGCAGGAGUUCAUGGACUGCCCCUACAACCUGGCCAACAACCGGCAGGUGCGCAUGCUGGCCGACCUGAGCCUGGUGGGCUGCUACAACCUGUCCUUCAUCCCCGAGGGCCAGCGCGCCCAGCUGCUGCUGGACAGCGCCAAGAAGAACCUGCGCGGCAUGGCCUUCUUCGGCCUCACCGAGUUCCAGCGCAAGACCCAGUACCUGUUCGAGCGGACGUUCAGCCUCAAGUUCAUCCGGCCCUUCAUGCAGUACAACAGCACGCGGGCCGGCGGCGUGGAGGUGGACGAGGCCACCAUCCGCCGCAUCGAGGAGCUCAACGACCUGGACAUGCAGCUGUACGACUACGCCCGGGACCUGUUCCAGCAGCGCUACCAGUACAAGCGGCAGCUGGAGCGCCGCCAGCAGCGCCUGCGGAGCCGGGAGGAGCGCCUGCUGGCCCGGGCCAAGGAGCUGCCCCCGCCGCCGCCGCCCCGCGCAGAGCCCGAGGAGCCGGGCCGCGCGCCCACCGAGGACUACAUGAGCCACAUCCUCGAGAAGUGGUAGCGGCCCCUGGACGCUGGGCCCCGCGGGUGCUGGGUCCCGAGAGGACCCUAGGCGAGGCGGCCUGCCCUCCUGCCCCCACGUCACCGUCACACUCUUCAGAGCUUUCCAGAGGGGGGGAAAAAAGGCUUGGGGUACACAGGGGGACCCCCUGCAGCCAGGCCCGGAGCACACCCCCACCACUAUGCACACCCCUGGUCCUCCCCCCCCCCACUUAUGCAGGCCAGUAGGGGGUUGACGUCACCUCUGAGCAACUCCCCCCCCCCCCCCCUGAGCUCAGGCCACCCUAGCAGCCCCCUUCUAUGGCCCCAGUGCCUCAGUCUGUGUGAUGCCCGGGGUCAGGCUCUGGCCCAGUCCAUCGGGAAGCCCGCUGUCCUCUCUGGCCCAAGGUGAAAACCCACGUGCGGUCUGACUACACAGCUCCCUCCCGAACCUCCCGCCCCAGUUCCAGCCGUCUUUGGGUGAAGGAGGGUCCCACAGUGUGCCAUACCCCUUUCUGGCUACCCCAGGAGUAGGAAGAUCGUGAUGGCCGAGGAGGCUUACCGCCACCCCCACCCCCAGCUGGCCUUGGGUGACCUCACAGCCAGCCCAGCUCAGGCAAGUGGGAAGCAUGUUGGGAAUGAAGGGCCACCCCCAAGCCCCCACCCACUUUCUGGCCUUUAACCCCCCCCCCAUCCCUUGGAGAAUUAUUCAGGGCUCCCACCCCCUCUGAACAGCAGUAUGAUCCAACCUCCUUUAACUGGAAACCGGCAGGCCUUGGCCACUGCCCGCGAGCCAUAUUUGGGGCCGGGAGAAAGAGGCUCAGCUCAGAUUGGAAGGCAUGGCUCUGGGGGCUCCCUGCGACCCAGAUACUCAGCCCUCCCCAACAAGCCUGUCCCCGCAUUUCCCUGCCCCAGCCAGUCGGGCCCCGUUCAGCAGCCCCACAGAUCAGCGAAGCCAUGUUCUACCUUCUGGGAACCCCCUUUUCCCAGACCAAGGUUUUGGGAGGCUGCCAUGCUUAGAGCUCUGCUUCUUCAGAAGGGUUCCUGGAGACGGCAAGAUUGACUCAAGGAGGCCACCAGCCUCUGGGAAGAGACAGGCCAGCCAGGGCACCCUUCUCUUCCCUGAGCCAGGUCCCACUAGGCCAGCCCAGCCAUCAGGGGGGCCGAUCAGUUGAAUCCUGGAAGCCAGGAACCUUCCACAGCACAGGCAAACUAAGGUGUGGAAUGCGGUAGCUGCCCUGGAGGAAGCAGCAUUAGUCUUGCUUGCCAUAACCUCUCCUUCCAGUCCCUAGAGUCCAGGCAGAGGGGACAGGCACAGUGCCAGAGCAGCCCCCCCCCACACACACACCCCACCACACACACACACACAUACACUGAGCUGGCAAGCACCCUGUGACUUAGUGGCUCUUCUGAAGGUCAGCUUGAGGGACUGGCUGUGCUGGUCAUCUGAGGUAAGGGUGCACGUGGGAGAUGGGUGGAUGGGGCAUGUCUUUAAGAGCCUGGGGACUUGCUGGGGCCUUCAGUCAGGUGGGUACCUCCUGGGUACGUUAGAAGCCUGGCUCCCUUCCACCUGAGCCCUGAGCACCCCUCGAGGUAGGCUGCUGGAGCUUGGGCCUGAGCAUGGAUCUGCUCUGUACAUACUGGAAUGUUCUGACUGAGGGCCCACUGUCCCGGUUCACACAGAAGCAUGGGUCUCGUCUCUCCUUGGUUUCUUGCAGAAGGGCCCCAUCUGGAGCCAGAGUCCCCAGGUCCUCGGGCUCUCUGCCUUGCAUGUGCCAGGCUGCCUGUGUUGGGGCUGCUUCCUGGGCCUGCAGCACCGGCUGUGUUACGUGUCACUUGGACAGGGGUAGCAGGGAAGGGACCCUUCCUGGAGCUGAGAAGCUGACAGCUGGCCCCCCACACAGGCCUGCAGGAGUGUCCUCUGGGUAGCUGGGGGCGGGAGGGGGGGAAGGACACCCUGAUUGUGCCAGCAGCGCAUCUCUGAAUGCUUUGGGAACUGGAAGCAUUUAACCUGCACCCAGGAGCGUUCAAAGCUUUAUUUAUUUAUGGCUUCUUAUUAAAAAAAAAAAAAAAAAAAGUGCUGAGAAGAAAUCUUUCAGUUAUUCAUACAAAAGAAAACGAGUUGAUGGUGGGGAAGCAAGUCAUAAUCACCUAAUUGUUUUUGUCUAGGUCAGGAAUGAAUGUUAGCAGAUGAAAUAAACCCUGGAAAGGA